AUGGCCACCGAAGUGUCCAUCACGAUCAACAAUCUUGGAAACAUUUCAUGCUGUACCAGUGAAGCCGUAAAUGUGGAGAUCCCACUAGAUGACAUCCGAAAAGACCCAUCGAGGUAUAUCUUCGUCUUCCAAGACCCCAACGACCUAAAGAAGCUGUUCGAGCAUCCCACACCGGAAACAGUGGAAGUCCGCGAUGGGAUGCGCAAACUGUGUCUCAAAAUCCUGUAUCCCAAUUCGGGGGUGCCGUUGACUCUGGAAGAAACGCACGGCUGUAUUGAACGGCCGCACAUGUCUCGACUCAUCCAGAGUUGGAGAACGGCCUGUCGGGCGAUUCCGAGGAAGCACGGGGUGGAGGAAAUAAUCUUCGAUAUGUCCUGUGAUCCGGGAAUCGAAAUCGGACACAUCGUCCGCUUGCUGCAGCAUAUCAGCCCGACGAUGAGUCUCAAGGCGAGAGGCACGUUUCAUUGUCAGGUGCAGGGUUGUGAUGCCGAGAGGAUAGAAUUGUUGAGACAAAGUCUUGUUGGGGUUUGA